AUGCUGUAGGCAUGUUUGGCAAGAGCUCUUGCUGCCUUAACUGACUGCAGUAAAGUACUUACGUUGUUCAGUCUCUCAUUUCCCUUCCCUUUAGAAUACGCAGCAAUAAACUCUAUGCUGGACCAGAUCAACUCCUGCUUGGAUCACCUGGAGGAGAAGAACGAUUAUCUACACGCCUGUUUGAAAGAACUGCUGGAGUCCAACCGCCAGACCCGCCUGGAGUUCCAGCAGCAGCAGCGCGAGCAGCAGGACAUGGAAGACGAUGUGCAGGGAUCAGAGCCUGCCAUCUAGUUUACGAGCCACACACUGUCAGUUAGUAUCACUAAGGGGACAUUUACCGGUUGCUGGUUUAACAUAAAACUUGAAUAGAGGAGUACCUCCUGCCUGUUAUGUGUCCCUUCCUGUGGUUGUGUCCUGCCAUUCACCUCCGUGUUCGGCAAUGUUCACGUUAGCUGUGAUGUAAGAAAUAGUGGCAGACAUCUUAGACCAGGCCUCUUCUAUCCCCUUCCAGGCAGAUGAGACAAGCCACCACUGUGAUGUUUUUGACUGUCAUAAUUGGCAGUUGCCUGCCUCUUUGAGCUGUCAUUAAGGUCUCAGGCCUUAGAGAGAGGCAUAGCAGACUGGUUAGCUCCCAGCACAACGCCAGCUGUAUAGAGAAAGGCGAUGGGGCCUGCCCGCCCUGGGCUGUGAACAGAGUCCUCCCUGUACAUUUUGACAAGAGUAUGCAUGAGCUUUGUGGUCUGAAACCUUGUGAACGUGUCAGGAUGGCCGGGGGCCAACAUGGUGAAGCGAGUCUUAUUUCACUGUCCUACUUUUGUACAGUUAAAGGAGUUUUCGGGGAAGUUAAGGAAGUUAUUUAUUUAAAAAAAAAAAUCUGUUUCAUUAAAAAGUUUGAAACAAAAUCUGUUCCUGAAGUCUCCGAUAUGAAAAUAGACUGUCUUAAGUCUUGUACUGUUAACAGAUGACAAAGAUACACAUCCUUGCCUAGCUCAGGACACAGUCCUGGUCCAGGAGCGUGCAUCCUUGAGCGAGAACUGGUCUGAGGAACAGAAUUGGACAUAAAAUCUGCAAAAGAGCUGCCCUCCUUCCUGGAAAGGAAACAGAGAGGAGCUACAGAGGAUUCUUAGGGAAAAAUCAGAUUACAUCCACCUAAUUCCUGAACCUUGUCUCUAUGAAGAUCAGAU